UAACCCUGGUCAAAAUAGCCCUCAAUGAAAAUGAGUUGUUAUAAAAGUAGCCAUAAAAACACAUGGCAAAUGAUGAACAAUAAAAAGAUCAACACAGUUAAGAAAAACUUUCAAAAAACACUGUGAAAACAAGUGUCAGAAAAGCUAUAUUUUAUGUUUAUAAUAUUUGUGUUUAAAAAGCUUUAAAAAAUCUAGUCCUAUUUUGUCAAUGUUAAAAAUGGUGUAUUGUCAGUGAAGACUCUUAUUUUGAAGGGUCACGUUGCAUCGUGACCCAUGUGACUAGUUCUAGCCAACCGGGUGUUUCUUCUUCCUGGUUAUAGAAAAGCACGAGGCUGAUGGAGAAAAGCGAGAAGCAGAUGAAGUUUUGCUGUGUAAGAGAAAAAAAUAAGAGAAACUAAAACGUAAAGAGUCUAUAAUGUUAUCUAAAGAUAUUUUUGUCUUCUAAAGGAGUUGUUUUUGCAUAAUUUCAACCUGUCCUUGCCUUCAGGAGAUAUUAUAUAUUUCUGAACUGGACUUGGUGAGUAAAAAAAAAAAGCAUUUUACUUUCUGUGAGUAAUUUUAUUUAUGAUGUAUUUUCUUUUGUUAAGAUGGAAAGCUAUGUUAGCAUAUUUAGGGGUUUAUAGCUGAAAUUUCAAAGGAAAAGCCAGGGAACAGUUUUAUUUUUCUUGUUGAAAUUGUGUUGUGUGUGUGUAAACUGUUUGUAAAAUUUUAUAUUUUAUUUUUUUUUUCUAAAUAAUAAGCCGGCAGUUCAAAGUUAUUCACUGGUCUGUGGUCAUUAUUACAUUUACAUCUAUUAUCUGCUCCCAUAGCCGAACCUAGUACUGGUCUCAAGUAUAACUAUUUACUGUAGCCACAUUAAAGGUGCUACAGAAUUGGCGAGCCAGCCAGGAGCAGUAAUCACAACCUAAACAUUUAUUUCUGACCCAGACCAAAAAAAUAAAAAUAGGCCAAGUCRGGCAAAAUGGAAGUUGUUGACAAAGAAAACAUCAAAGUACCAAACUCAGUUAUUGUUAGCGGGAUUACUGAUACAGAAGUUGAUGAAACUUUAAUGGACUUUCUGAACAAGUAUGGGAAAAUUAUGAGAACCUUUAAAAUAGAUGAUCCCCUUUCAUCUUACCACAAAAACGCCAUCGUGGAGUAUGAGAGUGGAGCUGCCUUGACAACACUUGAACCUUUACUCCCUUACAUACUUGAGGUUCCAAACAAAGUUACCUAUAAAAUCAAAGCCCUUUCAAGUGAGUACAUGUCAGCUGUCACAAARAGGGCCACCCACCAUUUCUUCUGUGAACUGCAAGAAAUUGCCAAGUUGACCGGAAAAUCAUUUGAAGCUGUCUUACACGAGCAUUUGUCUAAAUGCUCUCAGUCAGAUGCAAGCAGCCCUAAGUUCCCAGAAACUGAGCAUUAUUUUCGUGCAACACAAAGUGACAUAACGAAAUCAGCAUCAGAAAGUAACCAACCUUUUGAACAGUUUACUACUUCAAGCAACACUGACUCUGAAGUUCAAACAGCUGACCAACGUGGACAUGAUCUGUCUUCCAACAUACCCCAGAACUUUAUCUCUCAUCCGGAGGUGCAAAAAGUGAUUGUGGAACAUAUAGUCCGAAAUGAAACUCCUGUCUCACAUGUGAGUUCUUCUUUUCGUCUAAGACAGUUUUCAGGCAAACUACCUUGUCCCAGUCACGAGGCUGACUUUGACACAUGGCGCAACAGUGUUGAGCUCAUACUUCAAGAUUCUGAUCUGUCUGACUUGCAACGCUCACGAAAGAUUUUAGACAGUCUAGGUCCACCUGCUGCCAAUGUUGUAAAACCCUUGGGGCCUAAAGCAUUGCCAACCGCUUACCUUGAACUGUUAAAUUCAGCUUUCGGCACCGUAGAAGAUGGUGAUGAGCUUUUCGCUAAAUUUCUUAAUACAUUCCAAGACCCAGGCGAAAAGCCCUCUCAUUAUCUUCACCGCUUGCAGACAGUUCUCUGCAAAGCAUUGAGCAGAGGCGGGGCAGUGGCUAGUGAAUCAGACCGACACCUCCUGCGUCAAUUCUGCCGGGGUUGUUGGGAUAAUGCCCUGUUGGCAGAGCUUCAACUCGAAAGAAAAAAGGACAAACCACCUUCAUUCACUGAGCUACUGCUACAGUUGAGAGUUGAAGAGGACAAACAUACUGCAAAAGAGAGCAGAAUGAAAAAACACUUUGCUGCUGCCAAACCAAAAGUAGCUUCUCAUACUAUUGCUGCUACCCCAAAUACCUGUGAACCCACAAUGCAAACUGAUCUUGCUGAUAUGCAAACACAAAUAACCAAGCUGCAGAGUCAACUGACUAGAUUGAAGCCACA